AUGGCUCUCUCCCCUCCUCCACUCUUCCUGCCAGAGCUGUGGCUGAAGGAGAACAGACCGGAGAGGGAUGUGACCAUCAAGCCCCUAACCAUGGGGCCCAAAAAAGUGAAGGUUGUGACGACGACGACGACGACGACGACGGAAAAUGAACGAGUUGUGUUCAUCCAGGCCUGGUGGCGGGGCACCCUGGUGCGUCGGACGCUGCUGCACCUGGCGCUUAGAGUACGGGUCAUUCAGUGCUGGUGGAAGCAGCAGCUGGCCAUACUGUUGGAGAGGAAGCGGCGGGUGGCCCUGGUGUUAUAUGCGCAGGAGGAAUGGGCAGUGGUCAAGCUGCAGUCCUGGGUCCGCAUGUGGCGCAUCCGCCUUCGUUUCUGCCGUUUGCUCCAUGCUGUCCACAUCAUCCAGGCCUAUUGGCGCUGGCAUAGUUGCCACACUCGUGGCUUGAUUCAGGGCCAUUACGACCUCAAAGAAAACCAACUGAAUCUUCAACUUGAAAUCACUUUGGGCUCACAGGCUUGUAAAGUGCAACAAUGCAUACCCUUUCCAAUAAAGGAAUGA